CGUAUGGCAAAAGGAAUGUGAAACUUGUUAUAGCAAAAGUUUGUAUAUCAAUUAUUAAUAGAUAAGCUUCGGUUUGCAAGUUUCAACUUGCAGGACCCUCUGAUCCGAAUAUCCCAAAAAGCAGCAUAUGACGAAUAAUAAAGGUGGGAGUCUGGUAUAUCCCUAAUGUUUGAAGUGUCAUGUGCCUUCUCUUUUAUCUCCAUUGCAACUUGCAACUCCAACUCUCUCAUAUCCCAACUCCAAAUGCCCCUAAACGUCACAGGGGCCCUCAGCAUGUUUCUCUGCCUCUCAAGAUACUAAAGUUCCAAUAAUUUGCUACUUCCUGAUUCAAUUGUGAGUACUGUCUCUCUCUCUUUGGUGCUUCAUGGAAACCGUUUGUUUUUACAGCCCAACCCUUCCUGUGUUCCUCAUGGUUUUUCUCCUUGUCUAUAUCUUUGGUUACGUCGGAGUUUUCCGCAACUGGGGUCAAAAACAACGGCUGGAGGCUUCCAGCUGCCUCAUCUCUUUGGCCCAUGGCAGUCCUGCUGUUUUCAUGGCCAUCCAUGCAAUACUAGAUACUGAAACUCCACGGAGUUUCGCUUCUGCAAACUCUACUUCUCAAAAUUUUGUACUAGAAUUCAGCAUUGCGUACUUCCUGGUGGACCUUCUGCACUACCUGCUGUUCUUUCCCAAUGAUGUCCUCUUCAUCAGCCACCAUUUAGGAACCCUCUAUGUCUUCAUAACAUGCCGAUACAUGGUCAAUCAUGGAGCUUUGGCGAUUCUGGGGCUUCUAGUUCUUGCAGAAGCUACGAGUCCUUGUCAAAAUAUACGGACCCUAGCCAAUGCCCGGAAAGAGGAUGUGCCCGCUGCUUCCAAAUUCUAUGAAUUCUUGUCUCCCCCCUUUUGUGCUUUCUAUUCUACAGUUAGAGGGAUUCUAGGACCAUUGUUUUUGUAUGAGAUUGGGGCCUUUUUUUCAAGUGGGGUAGCUGAUAAUGUGAUUCCAAGGUUGGUGUGGAUUUCUUGGAUGAUUGUUGUGGUGGCUGCAAUCUUGGGUAGCAUGUUGUGGGUUCUGAAUCUUUGGAUGGAGCUGAUUAGAACAAGAGGUCAAAAGUUGCAGAAGAAAGUAAGUUAGAAUUAUUGCAGGUUUUUCAUACUGGAGAUUUAAGGCUUUCAACUCUUGUACCAUACACUCUGUAAACUCUGUAAUUAAGGUGUUUUGAAUCCAAACUC